AUGCAAAUAUACAAUGCUCCCGAGGGUUAUGUGCCCCCUAAAUAUGAGAGAUUGAGGACAAGUUUGCUAGAUAAAGAGAGGAGCCGGAUUGACAAUGAGCUAGGUGCAUUAAGAAAUGAAUUACCAACAUAUGGGGUUUCUAUCUAUUCUGAUGGAUGGAGUAAUGUGAAGAAUCAUUCCUUGAUAAACAUAAUGGUUGUAUCAGGGGGUAAGGCUAUGUUUGUGAUUGGCUAUGAUUGCUUUGAAAUUGAGCAUACUAGUCAGAAUGUUGCGGAUAUACUCUUAAAGGCUAUUGACCAUAUUGGACAUUAUAAUGUCGUUCAAGUCGUGACUGAGAGUGCAUCGAAUUGCAAGGGAGCUGGUUCAAUAAUUCGUAGACGUCAUCCCCAUAUUUUUUGGUCAGGCUACUUAGUUCACACGUUGAGCCUUCCCAUGAAGGAUAUUGUGGACAAAAAGAAAAGGCACCGAAGAUUUGCUUUUGUUAGGGAUCAUUGCAAAGUGGGAAAGAGGAUAAUGACAUAUAUAAGCAACCACACGAGACAUGGUUCGGGAGGCGAGGAGCAUGGUGAAGUUCGCAAAAUAGUGUUGGAUGAUAAUUUCUGGGUAACAAACAAAAAAAUAUUAGGGUUCACAAGGCCAAUCUGGAAGAUGAUAAAGUUUACAGAUAGUGAUAAGGUUGUAAUUGGAGAUGCGUACGAGCGUAUGGAUACCAUGUUGAGAGAAAUAUCGGCUUCUUUAUAUGAUGAUUUAGUGUUGCUUCAAAAGGUUAGGGACUUAUUGGUAGCCAUAUGGAACAGGGCUAACCUUCCACUUCAUUGUCUUUCUUUUAUUCUUGGCCCUAAAUAUUAUUCUCGUGAAUGGUUGCCAGUACCGACAUCUGGUGGGAAGAAGCGGGUGAAGCCCCAUCAGGAUAUUGAGGUAUCUAUGUCCUACCAUGGUGCUCUUGAUGCGAUAGUUCGGGAUCCGGCUGAGCGAAGCAAGGUACGACAACAAAUAAAAGAUUUUGUUAGCAGCAAGGGGAGUUUCUCACUAUCAACAUCCAUAGCUGAUAGAGGUACAAUGUCAUCAGUAUCGUGGUGGGACUUGUAUGGUGGUGGGGCCUCAGAGUUGCUACUGAGCAGAUUGAGGACUGAUUACAAGACCAACUACAAAAACUGGGACGCUCAUUCUGAAGAUGACAACCUUGUUGAUGACAUAGAUGCCUUAGCUGCGAUGGAUGAGAAUAUUGAAGUGGAAGAUGAUUUGGCUUCUCCCCCACCACGGACUAGACCGACCAUUCUCCCGCCUAUUGUAGAAGAGCAUGAUAGCCCUUUAGAUCUCCAUCAUGACCCUAGUUUGCAACGCCAUACUCCAGUGCAAUCUUCGAUUGCGACCCCACCCACUAGAGGUGAAGGUUCUCCUUCGAUGACUGUUGAUCAAAGAUUGCAAACCAUCAGGCAGGCUCCCAACCAGAUGAACCUAUAG